AUGCCCCGCAAACGCGUGAAUCCUCAGGAGCCUCCGCGAAAACGCAACAGGACUGGUUGCAACAAAUGUCGCUCUCGCAAAGUUCGCUGUGACGAGCAGAAACCCGUCUGCGGCCAAUGUCGUGCCAAGGGGUUUGAUUGUGAGACGAGCAUCAAGCUCAAAUGGGAGCAAGACUAUACCAGUGCUGGAAGAGCAUUUGGUAGAGCUGGCUUGUGGAGCAAGAAGGCCGCCGAGAAAGCCGAUGCUUCUUCGCCAUGUAUCCAUGUUUCAGAGGACGAAGUAUCUUGGAUUCAGAUUCCUCUGAUUACUGCAUACAGCUUCGUCAACGCUACGGUAGGGAAUGUCGAACAGCUUACAACUUUGGACAACCUCGCAUUGGAAGCUACGCCAGUCUUGGAUGUCGUUCGUGCCAACGAUCGCGACGAUACCUCCAGCACUGCUUCGCUAUCACCAUGGCUUUCUGCAAGACAACCUGUCUUUCUACCCCGUCAACACUCCAUACCAUCUGCUUUACCAAUGCUGCCUAAUCUCCCUAGCCCCAUGCACUCCAAUCUACUCUCAUAUUACCUGGAAAAGAUAUGUCCCAUCACCGUUCCGAGUUCUGUCAAUAAAUCACCAUUUGCCAAUCUCAUUCUUCCGUUCUCUAUCUCAUCUUCUCCUGCUGUCUUGGAGGCUCUGCUUGCUCUCGCCGCCUGCCAUAGAUCAAAGAAGGAUAGCGCUUUUCGUUCAACCUCAUUGAGAUUGGGAGACAAUGUUCUUCGCACGCUACGUGGAAGGCUCGGCACUGAGGACCCUCUGAAAGUGGCCAUGGAUCCCGAAACACUGGUCAUCAUGAUGAUUUUGUGUCAGUACGAAAUCAUCAACGAGUGCGACAAACGCUGGGUUGUCCAUCUCAAAGGAGCUCGAGAUCUCAUCCGAGUUAGAAGAAAUGCUCAAAUCUAUCUUCCAGCUGGACAAUCUUCCAAUGAGCUUGUCGAGUUCACUGAGAAGUACUUUGCUUUUCAAGAUGUUAUUGGGCGAACGGCAUGUGGCGAGGAGCCAAUCUUUGGCAGUGACUUUUGGACAUCACAAGGCGAAGACACCGAUGCCUGGCUUGGCUGCUCUGCUGGUCUCGUGUCCAUCUUGUGCGAGAUUACUGAGUUGAGUCGCAAACAUCGAUCACGCCCGGGCAUAUGUCUUCUACCCGACUUUCAAUACCAGGCAGCAUCUUUGGAGCGCCGACUCUCUAGUCUAAGACAGAGGGUCUUCGACGAAGAAGAUGAUCUNUUACAACUCUCUGCCGAGCUGAAAAGACUGGCAGCUGAGCUUUACCUGCAUUGUGCUCUCAAUGGUGCAACCCCAGCAAUGCCUCUUGUUGUUGGGCAUGUACAACAGAUCCUCCGUCUUGUCUCAGUCCUCCUUGAGCAUGGAGUACUUGCUGGUUUGAGCUGGCCUCUNUUUGUUGCUGCCGUUGAGCUCGAUCCUAUGGAAGACCUUGAGUGGGCCGAGAGACAAGAUCUACCCGAUGAGGUGCCAAACUACGCUCGACCCUUUGUUCUGUAUGCUUUGGACCGCUUAGGUGGAUCUAACGCCAUUGCCAAUAUAGCCAAGACAAGGUCUGUUAUCGAGAGAGUAUGGCUAACCAGGAGUCACGAUGAGAUCUCUGACACACAAGUGGAANNGGGACUUGAAAAGGGUCAGAAUGAUUGGGAACGCUACGUUGCUCCAUUGUGUGGUGGUUUGAGCCUUGCCUGA